AUGUCGAGCUGCUUUGAUCUCCCUGAAGAUAUUAUAGUCAAGAUUUUGUGCCGGCUGCCGGUUAAGUCCUUGAUCCGGUUCACUUGUGUUUCAAAACGGUGGCGGUCGAUCAUUUCUGAUCCUAAAUUUGGAAAAUCUCACUUCCAACUAGCUUCAAAGCUGAGAACCCUCUGUAGAAAAGUCCUCCUCAUCUCCUACCCUAGUGUCAGAGAGCCAGGUCCGAGGCCCAGUGCUUGUUAUGAUCCAACCACGAAGUUACCCCCUCGAUUUCAAUCCUUGGAUGAUAAGUUUUCAGUAAAAAAAUUUACAUUCCCAUCUGAGGAGCAUGCGGAGAUGAAAAAAAUGGGUUCCUGCAAUGGUUUGCUACUUCUAGGCCAACACUGUUAUAGAAACUUGUCUCUCUGGAACCUAUCAACUGGAUUCUGCCGCAAGAUAUCUAAUCCAUGUUUGCGGUUGCGGUCAAUACAUUCAGCAGAUGGGAAUAGCCUAAAUGAGACUUCAGAUCCAGUUAUCUAUGCGUUUGACUUGGCAACGGAGGAGUUUCGGAGAGUGACAUUGCCGCCUGUUUUGUGGCAAAAUGAAGAAGGCAACAAUCCAACAAAGAUAACAACUGUGGUUCAUUUAGGAGGAUAUCUUUGCAUCUGGUCUCGAAAGCGUUUUUGUCCCAGGAAAAAUGAAGUUUGGGCGAUGACAGUGCAUGGGGUGCGUGAAUCAUACGAUACAGGGGAUUUGUGUUUCAUUACAGAAAGCGGUACAAUGGUGAUUAAACUGCUUAAGGAGUUGUUUUGGAUUGAAUGCCGUAAUGAAGAGAAGCCAAUCUGUAGUGGACGGUACAGGCUCGAGGAGGUAUAUCCCGGGGUGCCCGGGUGUUCAUUUUAUUUUGACGCGACUGGAUAUGAUGAAACUCUAGUAUCUGUAGCUGAAUGA